GCAUCCCUGUGAUCUUGUGACUAAUCGUAAUACCCUCUGAUCAUAAAUGGUUCUAUCGAGUAAUAUAAAAGCUAGUCUUAGGUUAACACCUAGGCAGUCAUAACUUCAACACCACCAACUCCAACGCUAUGCAUUCACCUUCUCUGCCUCCUUGUGUCAACGCAGUCGACUCUAUCCGUUAUGGACUUGAAGAUGAUUGUCAGUUUACAAUAACAAGCAACGGCGUGCACUUUGAAGUACUCUUGUCUGUUGACUCUCCACCGCACACCAUCGAGCGUGACUACCUCGAUCGCAUUCAUGCUCUACAGAAAGCAAAAAACCAAGAUGAACUCGACCUACUGUUCGAUGAAAUAUCGGAUGUUCUCGCCGUAUCGUGCCAGCCCUUCUUCCGGCAGUUCGCCCAGUGUCACGGAGCAUUCUCUCCGCGGACACUGAACGAUUAUUGUAAUCCAAAAGUUGUCGGACUACGAGUGUGCACACGGGAUGAGAAAUUAUGCAUCAUACUCGAGGAAGACCUGAGUACGUUUCCUUACUACUGGAACCACGCUGGCCUGAGUCGGUACCAGCUUGGUCCAGGUAUACCAGCAUUUGCGCUGUCUCAGAUCGAGGUUCUGGACGUCAUGAAACAUGACGCGGUUUUCAAAGUUUGCAUAGAGGGCACGACAUUAUGCGCGAAAAUGACCAGUCACCAAUCUGAAUUACACUCCUUGAAGAGGGAGAUAUCUUCUCUGCUCCAGAUCCAACGAACGGACUUCCGCACGCGGCUCUCUAUCCCGUCCGUUGUGGGUCUCAUAACUUCAGAUGAGGACUGCUGUUCCGCUCUCGGGUUCCUGAUGGACUAUAUUGAUACCGACACCACAAAGCCCCACCUACAAGCUCUCGUGGAGUCGGCGAGUAAACAGCAACGACAGAAGUGGGCAACGCAGAUCAGUGACAUGGUACAGCAGCUUCACUUGCAUGGCCUCGUAUGGGGCGAUGUUAAAGCACAAAACGUAUUGAUAAGCUGUGACGACAAUGCUUGGGUGGUGGAUUUUGGAGGCAGCUUCACGGAUGGUUGGGUGACGGGCGAACUUGCUAACACCAAAGAAGGCGAUAUGAUGGGUUUGCAGAAGAUUCAAAGUCUCCUACGCAAUGAUUGAAAAUUGUCUCGCUCUAUGUAUUACUUAAAUACAUAGAUGAAACGUUGAAAACCAU